AUGUAUGAUGGCGGAAGGGGACACUUGGAUGGAUUAGCAUCUGUUUAUUGUGAAUUGUUGAUGGCACCAUUUAAUGAUGUGCUAUCAUCACUUGAAGACGCUAGAUUAAGGGCGUGGUCACAACGUAGUCCAAAGCAUUAUCCGGGUAUGAAUCGGGGCCAUCGAGGCAAUUCCAAUCAACUUGGCAUGUUACCAAAUAGUCAUAGUCAACCUAUUUAUGUACCGGGAAAAUAUUCUCCUUCAAGUUGUCUCUCUGACAAGGAGGAAGAUGAAAUUUAUGGUUUCGGCUAUGGGUGUUUUGCCCCACGGGUCGGACGUAAUACAUUACAAUCAAUGCAAAGCCAAAUGCCACAACAACAGCAAUCAUUACCAAAUAAUUCAACAAAUGUACCUGUUACGCAGCAAAGCUGUUUAAGUCCACGAUCAGCAUAUUUUUAUGAGCUUCCACCUGCAGAUGGUCGAGAGGCGAAUAAGAAACGAACAACAUUGGCAAGAUUAUUGAGAGGAUUAAAGACUGUUAAUAGACGAGCAAAUCAAAAUGCAUCGGCUGGUGCGCAAAUUAAGCAGACACACGAAAGACUGAGGCAUUUUCAAAUGAAUGGAGGACCACAACCGAGUUUUGAGGAGACGAUACAUCGACUUAAAGUACAAGAAGCAUUAAGGAAAAAGGAAAAAUUUCAAAGAGAACAUGAAGAGAUAUUACGAGAUAUUCGCCAAGGAUUAAUGCAACAGGGACGUAAAGAUGAUACGUACAUGUAUGACGAUACUAUAGCCACCAGCAACUAUCGAAACAUUCACCCACAUCAACACUGGUACGACGAGCCGCCAUAUGAAAGUGAUCCGGAUGAUUUUUUAAUGGCAGGCCUUGGACCAGCCGCUACCAUUCAGGGAGCCCGCGUGUGUUAUACAACAAGCGGUCCUGGGGUGAUAUCCUUACGAUCGGCUGGUGACAUAUCAAUAUCACAACAAAGACCAAUACGUCGAGGCCUUAUCGUUCCACAACAGCCACCGAAUCCUCCAACAAUUAUUCCACUUAAAAGAUCACAUGAUGUAAGAGGAGUGAGUGGAGAUUAUGCAGCUUCUGUUUCAGAUAUUCAUAGUGUUACAUCGCGAUUAAGUCAAGUAUCGGUUGGUACGAACCACUGUACAACACGCUAUCGAACGCUGAGUGGUGGCAUCGGAAACUCACCUUCACCGACGCAUUCAUCAGAUUAUGUCGAUGAUGAUGAUGAUGAUGAGGAUGAUUUGACAACAAAUACGGCUGUACUUAAUGGAUUAACAAAUUCAUCAAUUGUUGGAAAUUCAACGAGUAACGGUAGCUGUGGAACAGCAGGAUCGACAAGCACAAAUGUGAUGAUGACAAACAAUUUGAAAUCAAAACGAAAUAACCUUUCGUCGCAUUUGCAUAAAACAUCAUCAACAAUAAGCUAUCAGAAGGCAACUGUUCAUUAUUCGAAUGAUGCCAGAAAUUCCCCGAAGGACUUACUAAAAGACAAUAGUAUAAGCUUCAAUAACAAUAAUAAUAGCAAUAGCAGAAAUCUUAAUGUGACUGGUAUGGGAGCAACAAAAGAUGAUAGAAGUAGUAUAAGUGAUCAAGCAUUUCAUUGCUCUGCAAGUUCCGUUGAGAGUCUUCCGAGUGCUAGUGGAUCAAGUACGCAAGCACUUGUAAGAUCUGGAAGUCCAAAUAGUUCACUUUCAGCAGACGAUAGAGCAACAAUUUUGCCCAUUUGUCGAGCAAAAGCAAUUGUAGAUAGCGCAACAUUUCCGUAUGAAAAGGAUGCAUUAAAAUUUAAGAAAGGUGAUAUAAUCGAUGUGCUUUCAAUGAAUGCUUCAGGCGUUUGGAAGGGCUGUAUGAAUGGUCGUAUUGGACACUUUAAAUUUAUCAAUGUUGAAGUCAUGCCAGAACAAAAGGGAAAGGCAUUAAAUAAACUCGACCGAACGCGUAACACGUGUCCGUCAACCGUCGAUGAGCUACUCAAUCGUAUAGGUCUGAAAGAAUAUACGUCAGUAUUUGUAUUAAAUGGCUAUGAAGACUUAGAAUUAUUUAAAGAGCUUGAACCAGCAGAUUUGGAUUAUUUAGGGAUAUUAAAUCAAGAGCAUCGUGCUAAGCUAUUAGCAGCUGUUCAACUUCUCCAUGCUAUCGAUUCAGCAGGAUCAGAUGAUGUUGCAGGCUCGAGUUCAGAGAAUGAUGAUAGUAGAAUACAAAAAAAGAAUUCAUUGUCUCCUUUUGGGAGACGCCACUUUCCUAGAGAUUCUGGAUGCUAUGAGGGUUCGCCACUGCCAAAUAUCAACUCAAUUCAAAGCAAUGAUGAUGCAAAUUGCCUCGAUUCCGUCGUCACGCAAUGCUCCAACGAACUUAUGAAGCGUGUUGAUAAUUUGCGUCGUACCAAAGACGAUUCGACUACACCAAAGAGUUUAAAUCGUUUAACGAAAAAGGGAUUGCUUGGAGGUGCUGGAAUAGAUGAUUUUAGUAGUUCAAGAAGUAGCAGUGGUGGUGGUGCAUUGAGUGAAAAAUCAAGUGAUAGUGGCGUUAGUAGCAGUAGUUUAUCAUCUGGGCCAAUUAAAAAUAAUCUAUAGCGCAUAGAUAAUGAAAUUUUAUUAAAAAUUCAUAAUCAAAUUAAUAAGAAUCAAUCAGAUGAUGCCAAAAAAUAGCUCAAUUAUUAAAAUGACGAAUUUUUCACUGCUCUUAACUUUCAGUAUUUAUUCUUGUUUCUAUUUUACUUGUUCAAUGAGAAGCUUUCAAUUGGAAAAUUCUUCUAUUUGCUUUAUGCUUUUCACCCCACAACUUAGAAUCGACUGUUGCAUAUUUUCCAUUGGUUAUUCCAUCAAUUUUUAAAAAAAAUUACAGUAAAAUAUUUGAAAAAGAGAGGGAAAAUUUAGAAAAUGUAAAUAACAGACUGAUAGCUUUAGCCACAGAACAAAAAUGUAGAAAGACGAAAAGAAUUCAGAACAUGACCAUAAAAAAUCACUUUUCAAAUAUUUGAGAAGAGAUUUCAAAGCAGACCGAAAGCAAUCACAAAAGGUGUGCAACAGGGCUAUGUUCAGGGGGAUUUAGAAGAAUACCUAGCCAAAGUCUUUAAAAACACCAUCUACUCCUCUGUAGUUUGGACAGUGAUUAGUUUUUCACUCAUCAACUAUAUCUUAAUUAAUCAAACGUCCAAAUUGGAGUGUUUCAUGCGAUUACAUUCAUUCCAAAAUUCCCUAUUCAGCUAUUUCCAUCAAAAUAGCACACUUUACAUGAUUUGAUGUCAAUCAUUUCAGCUUAAUUUAAAGCUCGUCAAAAUAGCGUGCAUUACACGAUUAAUUUGAUACAAAACACACUCAACAUUCUAUUAGUUCUAAAUAUAGCGUGUUCAGCACGAGCCUCACAUUUAUAAAAAUAUAUUUGUUUUUCCAAUAAAUAAAUCAUCCAUUAGCCCGACCCGAAAUGCUUUAAUGCUGACUCAAGUUUAGAGCUUUUUCAUGUGAGCUCAAUAUUCAUGAACUUCAUGGUAUGGAACUAAAAUCUAAGAAUUUUUCACAUGUGACAUAAUUUAUUAUCUUACCCACAUCGCCCAACAAUCUUCAAUCUCCUUUUUUGUGCUUCUUCUUUAGUCUCGUUUUUCUUUUUGACACUCAAGUCAUGUAACAAAAUCUCUAUUUCGAACGGAACGCAACACUUGAGGAAUUCCUAUACUGAAAUGGAGAGGAAAACCACAAAAAGUUUUGGGUCAAUAACAUUAAAGUGUGAAGAAAAAAAAGCGGAAGUGGCAGUGGUAAAGAAAAUCGAUUUUCCAUAAAUUUUUCUUUCAUUCUCACCACUCACACAUUCCGUUUCAUUCAAGACACGCGGGGCUGCUGUUGCUGUUGUAUGAAUUUGUAUACACACGAUGGAGUUGUAAUAAUACAUUGCCAGUACGUCACAAAACUGAAAUUUAUUGCCUUUUACCUUAUUUUUGCUGUUAAAGAUUUUCUUUUUAUUUUUAUUGCACAACAAUUUUCCUCUUUGUGGCAAAUAAACAUACAUAUAGGCGAUGAAAAGGAACGUUUUUAGUUUCCUUUUCAUCCUUAAAUGUUUGUUUGUUCAUUUCUAUUUCCUUCUUUUUGUUUCUUUAACUUGUAAUAGUCCUCAAAGGAGAAGCAAACUGAAAAUCGAAAAGUGAGUUCUUCACGCAAAUCUUUUUAUGACUUGGGAAAUGAAAAUGAGAAAAUGAUCCAUUAAAAAGGAAUUCCAAUUCACGAACAUAAAGAUUGGGACUUAGAAGUUGUUGAAGCAUUUUGGUAUAGAUUUCGAAUUUAUUACAUGUAAAUUCGAUGGAAUUUUAAGUCUAAUUUAAAGAAAAUGUUUUAUAAAACUUCUGGUUAAGACAAAAUCUGACUUCUAUGGCUGAAAAUGAGCACAGUGCAUUUUCACUAUGAGAAAUUAAUGAUAUAAAGUAAAAACAUAGUGCUAAUGAGCCUUGAAAGACAAAUUUGAAAGUCAAAAGCUCAGAUAUUAAACAAUAUAUUUUUGCAAAGUGAUUGAACAAACUUACUAAACCAAUUAUAUAUUAGAAUGAGUCGAUAGCUAUGCACAGUGUUCCAAUUUACGAUUCCUAUCUGGUCGACACAGCCCAUGCAAAAAUCUUCAUCUGGUUAUUGUAUUUAAACUUUCUAGAAUCUUUUAAAAUCUAGUCCCGAAUGGCACAAGUCGAUUAAUCGAAUAGAAAUCCAGUCGGCAUGACUCUGGCAUGGUGCUGGCUUCGAUUCAAAUCCAGCACCAUACCAGAUUCACACUAGCUUGGUGCCGGAUUUCUGAUCGAUUAACCGACUUGUGCCAUUUUGUAGGUAUGCAAUCAAAUCUCAAUAAUUCAUUCUCUUUUUCAAAUCACCUCCAACUCAUUGUCGUGAUAAUCCCUAAGAUUACAAGCUAGACGAUAGAUGCCAAUAAUCUGAAAAAAAAAUAAUAAAAAAGGAAAAUAAUUUUAUUUCCUGUCUUGAUUUCGACUUUUCUUUUAUAUUUAAAAAUAUAGUAAAAAACAGAAAAUUUAUAUCCGUUUAUACUCUCUAAAAUAUUUUAUACAUUUUCCAAAUGAUAGUCAGUUGCAACAAACAGAACAAGUAAAAUGAUAUAUAUAUAUAAAAAAUAUAUAUCAUAUAAUAUACAUUAUACAUGUAUAGACAACAAUUCGUUUUGCCUUAUAAAAUUCAACAAUACAGUAAAUCAAUAGUUCGAUAUAUAUCACAUAAAUUUCAACCACAUCCCUCGCGCUCGCUCGCUUAAUGCUUGAAAAAAAGCUAGCAAGAAAUAAUUUUUUUUUCUAGUUUAUUUGCCGACAGCUAUAAAAUUUAUAUAUUUCAUGCCAAAAAAAAACUUUUUUUUCCAGUUUCUCUCCAAACUUGAUUCGAUUUUUUUUUAUAAAUUUUCUCAUAUUUAAGUUUCUCGUGUCUAACAAAACAUGAAAAAAAGUCAAAUAAAUCCUGUAUGUAGAUAGAUAGAGAGCAGAUGUCAAAUGUAAGGUUUAAAUUCAUACAAAAAAAAUGAAUAUUGAAGGAAUAAAUGAAAAUAUGUUUAAUGUUGAUAUGAAAAUGAGGACAAAAAAAAUGAAACUUUAAUUUAGUUUUUCAGUCAUUUUUGAUGGAAAAGUUUUUGAUUUUCACAGUUUUAUGGCUGUUGAAAAAAAAAACUUUCUUUUGUCUGAAAAGCGUCAAUAUUGAGCAGACACGAAAAUUCAAUAAAAUGACUUUGAAGAAUUGUUAAUGACCUAAAGUGUCUGAAUUUUUGUGACUCUCAAAUUGAGCUCAGAUUCGAGUCAAGAUAUGAAAGUUAUGAAUCACAA